GCGGCCUCGCUAUAUAAGCGGUGCGCGCAGGCGGCCGCGCAGCAGAAGGAGCGCCGCGGAGCCGCCGUGAGGGUCGCGGGUGUCACCCGGAGCCCGGCGGGAUGAACGGGACGAACGGGACGAACCACCGUCACCUCCGGGCACCCCGCGCCGACAUGGUGCCCGAGAUCGCCGCCGCCGUGAGCUUCGUGUCCGGCCUGCUGCGGACGCGGGGCUGUGUCAGCGAGCAGCAGCUGCAGGUGUUCGGCGGGGCGCUGCGAGAGGCCCUCACAGAGCACUACAGACACCACUGGUUCCCCGAGAAACCCUCCAAGGGCUCCGGCUACCGCUGCCUGCGCAUCAGCCACGGGCUGGACCCGCUGAUCGGGCGCGCCGCGGGGCGCGUGGGGCUGAGCCUGGCGCGGCUGCUGCAGCUCCUGCCCCGCGAGCUGACGCUCUGGGUGGAUCCCUUCGAGGUCUGCUACCGCAUCGGCGACCACGGCUCCAUCUGCGUCCUCUACCAGGCCUCCAAACCUUCCCCACCUUCCUCCUACCCGGGCCCGCUCACCUGCAAGAACCACAUGAUGCUGGCUCCUAGCGCCAGCCCAUCCAAAAACUGCAUCCUGGCUGUCUCCAGCUAAAAAAAAAAGCCAAAAAACACGACAAAACGAACCAAAAAACAAAAGUUCUCCUUGUCCUUAUGCUGCCGAGACACAGGUUACUGUAAUACCUCAAGCUGAGGAUCUGUUUUUAAGAUGAAGAGCUAUUUAUAUUUUUUAAGAAAAAAGGAAAACCUCCAGAAAAUCCAAAAUUAAAAUAUUGGGCGUUGCUCUGAGCCGAGGUGACGCCCCAGGUGCCUUUUCUAAAGCUGUUGCAAGCUUGUGAGUUCUUCUUUUUUAUAAAUAUUAUUAUUAUUAUUGUGAA